UUGGAAUCCCCGACACCACCUUUCUCGACAACCCACCCAGGAAGCCAACUUCCCAACCGUCAAAAUGGCCCGCCGUCCCGCGAGAUGUUACCGCUACUGCAAGAACAAGCCCUACCCUAAGUCCCGGUUCAACCGUGGUGUUCCCGACCCCAAGAUCCGCAUCUUCGAUCUUGGACGUAAGAAGGCCAACGUCGAUGACUUCCCCCUCUGCGUUCACCUCGUCUCCAACGAGUACGAGCAGCUGUCCUCCGAGGCCCUCGAAGCUGCCCGUAUUUGCGCCAACAAGUACCUCGUGAAGAUCGCCGGUAAGGAAGGUUUCCACCUCCGUGUCCGCGUCCACCCCUUCCACGUCAUCCGUAUCAACAAGAUGUUGUCCUGCGCCGGAGCCGAUCGUCUCCAGACCGGUAUGCGUGGUGCCUUCGGUAAGCCCCAGGGUACCGUUGCCCGUGUGAACAUCGGCCAGAUCAUCCUGUCCGUCCGCACCCGUGACUCCAACCGCGCCACCGCCAUUGAGGCCCUCCGCCGCUCCAUGUACAAGUUCCCCGGUCGCCAGAAGAUCAUCGUCUCCAAGAACUGGGGUUUCACCCCCGUCCGCCGCGAGGACUACGUCCAGCUCCGCCAGGAGGGCAAGCUCAAGCAGGACGGUGCCUACGUCCAGUUCCUCCGUGGCCACGGUCUCAUCGAGGAGAACAUGAAGCGCUUCCCCGAGGCCUACGAGAACCUGUCCCAGGCUUAGAUUUUCUGAGUCCGGGAUGUGUGUUCGCGUAGUGUGAUGGGUGUUAAGUGGGAAAAAGAAUGUUCAUUAGCAUUUCAUCGUGUUCUCUUUUUUUUU